GCUCAUUGGGCGGAAGAGUUGGGGGGGGUGGGAUCCCAAAUAUUAAAGAGGCGAAACCUGAAAUUCAUUUGACGCAGGCGAAAGGGAAAUGUAUUGAGUGGAGUUCCGGAUAAAACCGAAACAAAAAAUCUUUUUGUUGAUUAUUUGAUAGUUCUAACAGUCAAGUAAAUGGCAGCAGCAGAUGAUUUACAAUUUCAAGAGUUUGAUGAUGCCACAAACUUGCUGGCAGCAAAUCCCGAUGCCACCACAAUAAGCAUCACGGACACCAAUGAUAAACCUAAAAAUCAGAGAGGCCCACCAGGAGAGAUGGGAAGAGAUGAGGAUGAAGAUUUGCUGGGGAAUGAAGACUCUGAUAAAGCAGAGUUGCUGGCAGGACAAAAGAAGAGUGCUCCCUUUUGGACAUUCGAUUAUUAUCAAACAUUUUUUGAUGUGGACACCUACCAGGUGUUGGACAGAAUAAAAGGUUCCCUUUUACCACUGCCUGGCAAAAAUUUUGUGAGGUUGUAUAUCCGCAGUAAUCCAGAUCUUUAUGGCCCCUUCUGGAUAUGUGCCACACUGGUGUUUGCAAUAGCAAUAAGUGGCAACCUUGCCAAUUUCUUGAAUCACAAUGGCCAGCGUGGUUAUCGCUAUGUACCUGAAUUCCAUAAAGUUUCUAUAGCAGCUACAGCAAUCUAUACCUAUGCCUGGCUUAUUCCUCUCGCUCUCUGGGGCUUUCUGAUGUGGAGAAACAACAAAGUGAUGAACAUCGUUUCAUAUUCAUUUCUGGAGAUAGUGUGUGUCUAUGGAUACUCACUGUUUAUUUACAUUCCCACUGCUGUACUGUGGAUUAUUCCGAACGAGAUAGUACGUUGGAUCACGAUAGUGCUGGCCAUGUGCCUUUCAGGCACUGUGCUGUUAAUGACCUUUUGGCCAGCCGUCCGUGAUGAUAACCAGAGAAUUGCCAUAGCAACCAUUGCAGUCAUUCUGAUCCUUCAUGCCCUUCUUGCAGUUGGCUGUAAGGCUUAUUUCUUUGAUCCUCCAGAAGAAGUCAAAUCUCCAUCUGACCCCACAACCACCACUGCAACCAUUAAUGGGACUAAUUUGGUUUCCCAGAAAACAUAACCUGCCAGAUUUUUUCACCGAUGUCUUGGUAAUUGUUUAGCCUGAAGAGACUUCCCAAUCAAUGUAACUUGGGUUACAUAAUUAAAGAAAAACUUCAAAUAAGUAUGUUCAACAGAACACCAGGACACUUGACUGUUGCAGAGCUUCAAACUGACUAAACUCUAAAUUAAGUUUUGGGAUUAUUCUUACAUUGCGGCUGCUUUCAUUAUCUGUUCUACUUUUCCAUGGUCUUAAGAAAGAUGCACUUGUUACAGACUGUAAAUAUUUUUCUGAGACUCCACAAAUUAAUUUGGUAAAACCUAAUUUGAUUAUUGUCUUUCUUAACAAAGAAACCAAAUACUCUAUUAUUGACUAUUAAUGUGGAGAUUCACUUAGUUGUGCUAAAUGCAUAUAUUAGCAAAUUACUACAUGUUUUUGAAAAGCUGAACUUUAUCCAAAAAGACAAUGUUCAUCUUCACACAUGUACAUUAAGUAGAUUAAAUUUAUUGUUAUGUUUCAUGA